AUGGAAAGAGCACCAUCACCGAUUUUCAUUCCAAAUACAUUACGAGAUAUUAAUGAUAUUACAACAACAACAACACUACCAUCAACAACAACAAGACGUGAACUCGGUGUACCUUCAGCAAGUAGUAGUGAAUUCAUGGAUGUUAAUUCUGAAUCUCAUCGGUCAAAAAUUCGACCAGCUGAUCCUGAUUAUCAUCGAGCAUCAUCUCGAAAUGAUUCUUCGAAUUCGACUCGUAUUACUAAUCAACCUUUAUUUAGAUCAGUAACUCAAAAAGCUGAUGUGGAUGAUGAAAAAUCUAUUCAACAACAAAUUAAUAAUGAAACUCUGGUGAACGAGAAUGAUUCAGUAUUAGGAGCUGCUGGUUAUGAUCCAACUCGAGUAACAGAAAUUGAUACAGAUGCUGCAUAUGCUCUUCAACUUCAACAAGAGGAAUAUUCAAGAGAAAGUUUAGCAAUAAAUCAAAAUCGGUUUUUCCCAUUUCAAGUAGAACCUGACAAUGAAUUAACAGCUAGUGCUCUACCUUAUUUACCUGGUCCUGAUAUUCAUCCAUUUACGAAUGAUGAACAACUUGCAGCAUAUUUACAAGCACAAGAACAUCGAACUAGACAUCGAUAUCCUGGAACAGAUAUACCAUAUGUUCCAGUACGACAGCGACCAAAUCCAAUGUCUGUUCAAACUUCUGAGGUUGAUGAGGAUCCAGCUGAGGCUAUUCCACCUUCAUUUGCAAGAUUUCUUCGACACCACUCGUCAAAUAAUGAAGACGAUAGUGAUGAAGAUACUUCUAAUGUGAAUAUUCAUCUUCCAUUUUUCCAAUUUUUGGCUAAUCGAGGUCGGUCUUCAGCAGAUAAUUUUCAUCUAUUGUUUCCCGGUUAUCGUGGACGUGGUGGUUAUCGUCGUCGUUCAGGAAAUCUUCAAGAUACAGAGGAAGAUUUUGGUCCUGAAGAUUACGAACGAUUGCUUCAACUUGAUGAUACAGUACAUAAGAAAAAAUUAACUAAGGAUCAAAUAAAUACCCUUCCAUUGGAACAAUUUCGUCGUACAUCAAAUAAUACUGAUGAGGAAAAUAAAUGCGGUGUUUGUCUCGAUCAUUUUGAAGUAAAUCAAACAUUACGUCGAUUUCCAUGUCGUCAUGUAUAUCAUAAAGAAUGUGGAGAUCGUUGGUUACAAGAAAAUAAUGCAUGUCCAAUCUGUCGAGAACCACCCAUUAAAGUACAAUCAAGUGUAUCUUCACGUCAUCAUAGAGUCACUAAUCCUAUGAGACGACCAUCACAUAUUAAUCGAAGUUCUACUAAUCGAAAUAAUAAUACCACUCAUCAUCGAAGAGGAGGACCGUCAUUUCAACCUGGAACUUCAACACCAAAAAUGACUAAUAAUGAUAAUAAUAAUAAUUGUCCUGCUAUUCGUUCUGUCAAAGCUGUAAAAAGUACAACAUCACGAAUAAUUCCAUCAGUUUCUCUGUCAUCACCACCGCUUGAAGAUCAUGAUUAUGAUGGGGGAUCAUCAUGUCCUAGUUUUGAUUUACAUCUCUAUGCACAUAUUGAUCGUUCAUCAUUGAAUCGAUGUGUUUUCACACCAGUACCUCAUCAAACUGUUUCACAAGACCAACAAACUUCCCGUAAACGUAAAUAUGAAUCCGAAGAUUCAACCGAUGAAUAUACUAAAAAUUCAAAAUUCGGUAAUGACAAUGGUGAAUUAGCUGAUAUCAUAUAUAAUAUGGAUAAGCGGCUCGAUGAAUUAACACGUACAUGUAAUGGAUUACGUUCAAGUAUGCAUGUAUUAACAAAAAUGGUAACACAAUUAGUUAAUAAUCAAAAACAAAAUACAAAUAUAAAUGAUUUUGAUGACAUGUCACAAACGCGAUUACCCUAUGUGCGUUCUUCAACGAGUGUAUCAUCAAAAAGAACAUUGAAUAAAAUAAAAUGUCCAGAAAAUAUGACAGAUAUUGUUUCACAAAGACCAACAGAUUUUUUAUGUCGACUUAUACGUAAAGCAUAUUCGACUGAUGAAAUCGCUGCUGGUAUUACUCCCGAUGAACGUUUAGAAAGAAUUAAAGAGGCUGUAGCUGGUCGAUAUUUUUAUGAUGAACCCGAACAAUUCGAAACAUUCUGGACGAAAGAUGCACAUCAGUCAAUUCUUGGUCAAGCACGUGCUCAACGAUGUCGAGAACGAAAGAAAUUAUCUUACAAAUAA